GAGUUUGUUAAAAGUCUUAUUUAAUAUGAAAACAUAUUGUUGAUGUUCGUUUGAAAUUUUUCUUAACUUUAACAAGGCAAUUGUCCAAUUACAAUUCAAUUUAAAAUUUAUUUAAGUGAAAUUUCUUUUCUUUUGCUUAGUAUAGUAUACUUUCCAAUUAGCCUUGGCAAUGACUCAUGAUUUUUUUUUGGCUAAUUUUGUUAUCAGAUACCACAGUCACAACACUAAUCGUUCACUACGUAACCAUGUUAUAACAACAAGGUCAUCAAUUAGAUUCGGGUUUCAUCAUGAGUUGAUAGAAAAUAUAAGCUCAGAAGUUUUUGAGCUUUUAUUUUUCUUCUUAGAUUUAGUAUUACGAAACCCGUGCAGCGAACAAGUCCAGUUAUGAGACUUUCCGUGGUUAUAGUGGUUUUCCUUCCGUGUUUGGUAAAUUGUGCUAAUAUUUUGUUCCUGGAGACUGUACCCUCCCCAAGCCAUCACAUAUGGAUACGUACUCUUUCAACAGCCCUAGCUGAAAGGGGUCACAACAUUACUUCUCUGUCGACUGACAUUGAAGAACACACCCCAGAAAAUCUUCAUUAUCUUCAUCUUGACAAAGUCUACGAUGUCAUGUACAAUCAAGAAGAUGAGGAUUUUGGACAGGAGUGGGACUUCUUUGAAAUGGGAAAAAUAAAUUCUUACUUACAAUUGUUAAUAUUUAUGGAUUUCACGCCUCUUACUUUAAAAGGAUCAUUGAAAUCAACUGGAUUUCAUCAGCUAUUGGCAUAUCCUGAUGAUUUUAAAUUCGAUUUAAUUAUCUAUGACUUUAUGGUAGGAGGCAUAAUGCUUCCGUUUGUCCAAAAGUUCAACAAUCCACCAGUUAUUGCCCUAACAGCGUUUUACUCUGUGGAAUUUGGCGCUUCUAUUGUAGGAGGAACUCUUAAUCCAUCAUUCAUACCCUAUAUCGUCAAUCAUGACGGGGAUCUUACUUCUUUCUUCGGACGAGUAAAUAAUUUCGUACUCACAUUUUUGGACUACUUUUUAAAAGAGUGCUAUAUGCCGUAUAAGCUCAAUGCAUUAUUGAGGAAGGAAAUGCCUUGGGCAAAGGAUAUUCGUGAAUUGAAUCAAUUGGCAAAGAUUGUUCUUUUAAAUAAGCAUCCUGGUCUUGAUAUAAUUGAACCAGCGUUUCCAAAUGUGAUUUCAGUUGGAGGUAUGCAAAUACAGAGAAAUAAGGGUCUACCUCAAGAUCUUCAGGAAGUUCUUGACAACUCGAAGGAUGGGGUGAUAUUAUUAUCCCUAGGAACAAAUGUAAAGAGUGCAAUGUUAGGAGAUGAUCGUAUUACAGAAAUCCUUGAAACCUUCAGAUCUCUACCUCAGUACACCUUUAUCUGGAAAUUUGAAGCAGACUCAUUGCCAGUAGAAGUCCCUUCUAAUGUUAUCAUUCGAAAGUUUGUACCCCAGAGUGAUCUCUUAGAACAUCCCAAUCUUAAACUUUUCAUCAGUCACUGUGGACUUCUCAGUACUCAAGAAGCUAUUUGGUUUGGCGUACCUAUUCUUGGACUCCCGGUCUUUGGUGAUCAGUUCCAUAACUUAAAACUCAGUUUGAAGAAUGGAGUUGCUGAGGAAGGAAAUCUCGGAAAAAUUGACCGAAUGUCCUUCCAACAAUUGAUUGAGAAGAUGCUUAAAGACCCUAAAUAUCGAAACAAUGCUGAGACACUUUCUCAAGUGUUUCGUGAUCAGAAAGAAACACCGCUGGAGAGGGCAAUUUGGUGGACGGAGUAUGUAUUGAGACAUCCGAAUAUGACUUAUAUGAGGUCUUCAUCUUUUGAACUAGGAAUUAUUAAGAGACAAUCUUGGGAUGUUAUGGCAUUCAUAUUUUCAAUGAUUCUAAUUUCCAUGUUUGUCUUCGUAAAAAUUUCAUGCUGUGUCUGCAGAAUGUGUUCGAAAAAGAAAUCCAGAAAGCCAAAGAGAGACUAAUUCCUGUAGGAUAAAUAUUUGAUAGAAAAAUUUUGAUUUUAAUAAAAAAUUUAUUAAGAGAAUAUU